AUGGGGAAAGACACGGUCCCUCAGCAGCUGCAUCAGUUCAUAGACACAGACUUCCACAGCCAAAGAGGACUCCUAGAUCAGUUUUCCUCCUCCCAGGAGACAGGCAGGUUCUCUGUGCGCGUUCUCUGUGAGCCUCCUUGCGCCAGCCCUCCGGGUCUGUCAGUGCGGUGGUCUGUGGCCCGUCACGUCUGCAGCCCGGGUCCUCCCAGCUCACCCUGGCUCCUGGCUCUGAAAGCCGAGAAGCUCGCCGGCUGCGAGCGGGUUUUCCAACUUCUUGCUCAGGCGCUGCUUCUUGCCUUGGGCCAAGCCCUCGGAGAACUCCAGCCCUUUGAUCUCGCUCGGCAUGGCCCCCGACGGCCUCUGCCGCAGCAGCUGGUCCAGCUCCGCCAGGUCCUCGGCACCCCCAGCCGGUCCCCCGCCCCCUCCGGGCCGAUCCUCGGGGGGCGAAGUGGCCAUGAAGCCCGGGUCGUAGUGACCCCCGAGCAGCGAGCGCAGCAGCGUCUCGUUCAGAUCCUUCUCCUUAGGGUCAAAGAUAGGGUCUGGGUGUUCGAUGAGGUCCACCAGGGGCAGGUUGUCGCUGGGCGCCGGGCGGAUGUGCAGAUAGUGCUGGCCGCCGGCCGGUGCUGCCCUCAGUCCCAGGACCACCACCAGGGCGUAGAGGGUGACCCCCAGGCUGGGGCAGCGCUCCAUGCCUCCCGCGCGCGCCCCGGGGCUGCCUCUUCGUCCCGCGUCCCCGGAGGAGAGCACGCCGAGCCCGCGGCGCUGCCGCGCUCCCCGGUCCCUCCGGAGGCGGCUCACCCGAGGCUGGGCAGGCGCAAGGCGGGCAGCAUGAGCCGCGAGGAGAGCGGGUCGCGCAGCGCCGGCUCCCGCCGCGGCGCAGAAGACGCGCACGAGUUGGUCGCAACUCCCCCCCGCCGCUCUACUUGGGAAGGCGACCGCGGCCGGGCAUCCGAGAUUACUCCAGCGCGACCGUGGGGCGCUGGGGGCGCCGGCUCCUCGCUGCUCUCCCGGGCGGCCGGCGGCGCAGGGCGCGUGGACGAGCCUCUUCCCUCCUCCUCCUCCUCCUCCGGCCGCUCGGCGUCCUGCCUCUCUGUGCGGCGCCGCGGGUCGAGCGGGUCCUGGGCCACUUCCCUCCGCCUGCUACGGGCUGCGCAGCCGGCUCUGCCCGGCGGACUCCAGCGGCGGUGGCGGCGGCGGCGGCGGCGGCGUCCGCGCACGUUGGCACCGGUUUGUCUGUCUCGCAGGGUCCAAGCCUUUAAAUUUCCUGCACUUUCAGCUCCAUCACCAUGGAAACCACUGACUCUCUCCGCGUUGCCCCCUCCCCCUUCUUCCCCCCAAACAACAACCCCACCCCCCCACUCCUCCACCCGCGAGGAGCCGGAGCCGCACGGGCUCGUGGGGGGGUGGGGGGAGCGACUGCACUGGCCGCGAAGGCGGCGGCGGCGGCGGCGGCUCCGGCAGCGCCCAGGGCUGUGCCCCGCCGGACCCAGAUGCCCCGGGAAGCCGACAGUCGGGCUGCCCGCCGGAGCUCACAGGCGGCGGCGGCGGCGGCGGCGCGGCAGCGGCGGUGGCGGCGGCGGCGGUGGCGCUUGGCAGGCUGAAUAGAUUUGGCUGAACAGCAAAGAAAGGAGCAGGAACCCAAACACACUUGCUGAUGGAUUGGAACACUUAUGAAUGGAGAACCCACCACAUGAAGAUCAGAAGGAGAGACAAAUGGAAGGUGACUAAGCAGGGACCCCACCCCACAGCCAAGACGUCUGCAGUCCCCAGAGGGGAGAGAUGACAAGCAUGGGAAGGAGGUACUUAAAGGACAUUGAAAAGAUCCAUAGAUCACCAUAAAAUUGUCAACUAGCGUUGCCCACCGGUUUCUUUAGCCUGUGCUUUCUUUCGAUAAAUGUAACAAUUCCUGAUCCUUUUUAAGGGUUGCCUGGAAUUUAACAAUGCAUUAGGAUGAACUAAAAAAGUAUCAGGGCAAUUAUCAUAUGAGUUAUUGGGUUCUCAAACUACACUUGUGGAGUUGGGAAAUGCCACACACACUUGGGGAGGCUGCAGCCCCGCUCUGCACUACACUGGAGAGCAGCCAUAUACUCAGGUACCAAUUAACUCCGGGUCAUUGCUCUUAGAGACUAGCAUGACCAAUAUCUUAAUGGUACAACUGAACUUUAGCUAGUCUGGAUAAAGGAUAGUGAUGUAGCCAUCUGAUGAGGGAGAAGAGGAUACUUCAGACAUAGGCUACGAGUCUGAAAGAAAAAGGAGCCACACUAGAUGAGGGAGAGCCAAAGGAUCUUGGGAUAUGCUGAGUAGAGGAAGAAUUGCUGCGACAUCUAUGGAGGUUCAACACAAACAUAACUUCUGCACCGAGUGGAGCAAGGUUGGAAUCCUGGUCCUGCCACUCAUCAGCCGUGUGACCCUUGCCCCAGCCAGCUUCCUUCUCAUCUGUGAAGUGAGGAUACUGCACAUCUGUCAGAAUGGUCCUGUCUACAGCAGGUCAAGGAUCUCUCAAUAAGCAGGGUGCUUAGGGCUGAGUGGGUACUGAGUGGUAUUUCAGUGGAUGUUCAUUUGGAGAGUCCCUCUGCCCUCCAUUGAUCAGCCCCCUCUGGUUGGAACAAGAGAGGACUGAAAGGGUUGGAAGGCUGCUGGAAGUCAAGGCCAACACCCAUGCUCUGAGUGUGUAUGGUUGAGCCGCCCCUUCAGGGUCGCCAAUCUUCAGGAGUAAAGGCAAUAGAAUUUCUUGGGUGUACUCCCAUAGCUGAUCCAUUUAGUUGAUUCUGUGGCACUUGAAGAUGGAGCUUGACCAGCCCACAGAAAGGGGGAGGGAUUUCUCUGAAAGGAAACUGUGAGUGGGAUGUGCACCCAGGGAGGAGUGACUGCCAGCUGAGCUCCUGACCAGGCUGUCAUUGCAUUUGGACUGGCUGGAGCUCUGGGCUUCACUAGCUUUUAUAGGAAGUCCAAUCAACAACUACAAUGUGGGUCUGCCUUGGCCAGUCCCCAUGGCAGCUGUAUGUCUUGCAACGUAUUCCUGACAAAGAACUGAAGGAUUCUUUCAAACCAUUGCUUGGACAGGUCCAUGUCACAGAAAGAGGACCUGGGGGGAACUGUAUGCAUGUUUUCUUACUUCCAUGUGGUCCUGAAAGAGAAGGCCUGAGGCGGCUGUGGAAGAUGUCCAAGGGACGCAGGAUUUGAUGUCUGAAAAUCUGCUGUGAGACCUUCAGUGAAUCACUUUACUUCUCCAGCGCAAUCUAUGACAUCAGAAAUCGAGAGGACCGUGAGACACCGUAAAGGGGAAGGCAUGAGAAUGACCACCUUUUGUGUCUGGCACCAUCCCAGACACAUGACAGUCAUCACCUUUGGAUUCUGCCCCACUAAGUGAUAUCUGACACAUUUUUGCUGUGGGAUGGUCUGUAUGUCAAGUGUGUUGCUGAUUGGUCAGUAAAUAAAUCACUGAUUGGCCAUUGGCUAGGCAGGAAGUAUAGGCAGGACAAGGAGGAGAAUAAAGCUGGGAAGUGGAAGGCUGAGUCAGAGAGACACUGCCAGCCGCCACGAUGACAAACAGCAUGUGAAGAUGCUGGUAAGCCACGAGCCACGUGGCAAGGUAUAGAUUUAUAAAAUGGAUUAAUUUAAGCUGUAAGAACAGUUAGCAAGAAGCCUGCCACAGCCAUACAGUUUGUAACCAAUAUAAGUCUCUGUGUUUACUUGGUCCGGUCUGAGUGGCUGUGGGACUGGCGGGUGAGAGAGAUUUGUCCUGACUGUGGGCCAGGCAGGAAAACUCUAGCUACACAUUUUCACAGAGAGAGGGAGUGAGAGGGUUAAGAUGCUUGCCGUUUUCUUCUCUUGAUUACCAGGAGGUGCCGAUAUCCCUUGACUUGAUUGAAGGUACAGGUAUCAUAACCCACCUCCCUCUGGCCAAGCAGAUGGAGCGGCGUGUUCCUGUGGUCUUCUGGGAGCUGAGGCAGUCCUGGCUACAUCUGCAUCAGCCCUCCACCCGCCCUGGUGAAGGCUGAGAGACGCAGCUUAACUUCUGAGUGCGUUGUGAUCAUGGAUGUCCGACUGCAGACAGGAGUCUAGUUAGAGGAAUGAAGUUGUAAAGCAGGAGAGGAAGAGGAGCCAGAGAAGAAGGAGGGGAACACGGCUUUGAAGUGCGGGCUGGCCUGAGGAAGCAGGCCCGUACAUUCGAGACACACUUCCCAAAAUAGAGAAAACGUUUAAGACCAAAGGAGGAGAGGAGCACUGACUGGCUUGCCCCGGCCUGACAGCCCCUUGGCUCCCUCCGUCAGUGCCCCCCCCCCCCAUCUGGCUCCACGCUGGUGAAGGGGAGCCGUCUCUGGAGCCCGGUGGUUCAUUCAUCUCCUGAUAAACUGUUUAUCUGAGUUUUAACGAGGGCGCCUCUCUCCACCCUGGAGACAGGAGCCUCUGCAUGUUUAGCCUGCCCUGA